AUGCGCGACCAGGCGAUAUCCCCUCCAUCGCAGCCGCAUCUACAGAUUUUCAACCUCCUCCAAGCACCUACUCAGAAGUCAAACUUCACGCUAUUCCCAUUCCUCCCAAGCGAGAUACGUCUACUGAUAUGGCAACACUCCUUACAAUCCCAACGCAUUGUCAACGUAUCUCUAGAUACGACCAAACAAGUAGAUCCCCGCCACGAGUACCCUGAUACCGGAUUCAUCGACUACGACCGGUGGCAUCGAGCAAUAUUCCCUGCCCACCAAGCUCUCAGCCAGUUACUACGUGUGAACAGCGAAGCCAGACAGGCAGCUCUGUCAUUCUACUGA